AUGGCGUUGCUGGGCUUGUCGCGCGAGGAACCUCUACGCCCUUCUGCCGUGAGCUUUGAGCUGCGACGGCCCACCAGGUCCACUUCCCUUGGCGCGGUCCAGCAGCUGGCAGGCAGCUCCAGCCUACAACGAACGUCCCUGGACCAUUCGCCCUACCGUCGGUUGGAGGGUGAUCUUCAUACCCGCGCGCGGAGCAGUGCAGGUCUCCGAGAGAGUUGCGGAGUGUCCCGGAGCUACGGUUGGCCGGGUCGUGACGAGAUUCCAGCCCGGGAGGUGGUCACAGAGCCAACCACCUUCGCGGCGUCGCUGCCGCUGUCGCCUGCCGUGCCCUCGAGCCCUUCGGCCUUGCGCGCAGGUGGAACCGUGGUGCCGGCGGAGCUGGAAGCGCGUGCGCAGCGGCGGCAACGGAACUGGGGGACGCUCAGUAGCUCCUGGUUGGUGAAGAAUUGCUUCAGCGCAUGGCGCUCCUUCGUGCAAGCGCAACUUGCAGCAGCUCGAGCGCAAAUGCAGCAGGAGUUGCAGCUGUCAGCGGUGUUGGAGCUACAAACCUCGCUGCUGAAGAAGGAGCAGGAGAUCAAGCGUUUGAUCGCGGAGAUGCAGCACAACGAGUGGAAUGGCUUGAAUCGCUUCACCAUGUUGCAGAACACGGCGGCAGAUGCCUCCCUGAGAUACCGCGUGUUCAGUGCCUGGCGCCUGGCCAAGCACCGCAGCUUGGCGGAGUUGCUGCAGCGCUUCAAGGCAGAGCUUCGGGAUGUGCAGACAAGUCUCCGAGUGACAAACGAGGAGCUGGCAGCUUUGCAGCUGGGUUUGAUGAAGGCCCGCGAGACACGUCGGCAGGCGCUGGACCAACGGAUGCGCGACGAGCAGAUGCUGAAGGCACGUGUGCUCGACCUGUGGCAUCGAAUGGUCUCCGCACGCUACAGGGAGCUGGCUUUAGAGAACCAAGAGAGCCUGCGGGACAUGGAGCAUCAGAUGCGCCGGAGCGAGAAUGAAUGGCGCUUGAAGUACCAGCAGUUGGAAGAGAAACUGAAGAAGUCCAAAGAGGCGGCACAGGACGGUCAGAUGCGGGCCAUGAUGGCUUUGAUGGGCAAGACGGGCAAAGGCCUCCUUUCGUGCGCCUUCGUGGAAUGGAUGCGCUAUACCUCGAAGGAGCGAGCCAUCAGAUUAGAGGAAGAAGGACGUGAUCGCGACCGCAAACUGCAGCUGCAACUAGAAGAUCUGCGGCGGCGGCAGUUGGAGGUGCGGCAGGGUAGCCAGAUGCGCGCCAUGGUGGCCUUACUGGGCAGAGGCGCCAAAGGCCUGCUCUCCUGUGGCUUCGUGGCAUGGAUGCGCUACACGUCACAGAUGAAGGGAGAAAAGGCAGGUCAGCAUUUGGAACUGACCCUCAGCAAGAAAGACCAAGAGAUCCAAAAGAUGCUGAAAGAUUACCAUGCAUUGCAGCGGAGUCUCAAGGACCUGCAGAGCGACUUCCUGCGCGCGCGCAAGCGCACCAGGGAGGAGGCCUUUUACCGCGCCAACUUGCUCUUGGGAGGCGGCCGUCUGAGCUAUCAGGAGGCCUUACGCCUGAGCCAAGUGUUGGCUGCUUGGCUCCUGGUGGCCAUGGCUUUGCACUGGGCCAGGGCCAAGGAGUUGCAAGCCGGACAGGCGGAUCAGUUGCGGCUGCAGCUGGACGAGCUGCGGAGAGAGAACCGCAUGAAUUUGAGGAAUCGGCUUCUGUCGAGUUGGGAAACCAGAGAUGUGCAGGCCUUGCUCUCUCGCGUGCUUCAUGCCUGGCACCGAUGUUUGCUCCAUGGUUCAUUGGAGGCUGAAGGCGAACGCUCCAGUGCCAUGGCCCAUGGAUGGCGUUCACGGCAGGACCUACUGCUGGAGCGAGCUUGUCUUGCCUUGGGCAGCAAAAAUGCCAGGCAGCUGCUGCGCGCCUGCUUUCGAGGAUGGAUGCACAGGCUGGAAUCAUCUCGACUGCUACACGGCUCCAGAAGCAUGUACCAGUCCAAGCUGGAGAGCGUUGCUGCGAAGAUGUUUGCUCGCUACAUGGAGGCAACUCCCAUUGCCAUAUUCCUGGCAUGGUCCCGCGCUGCGCGACAGCAGCGUUUCGAGCGCGCUGCGCAACAGCUACUCUCCAAGGUGGUGACCGGCAGUGGAUUUCUUGCGGCGCUCGAAAGUGGCUUCGCGCGAGUCAUUGAUGUCCAGGCCUGGUGGCCCGCGGGCGGCGAGUUGUCGGAAAUGGAGACAAGAGCUUGGAGCAAAACGCUCUGA